CAACAAGAAGAAUUAAUCAUUGUUAUCUUAUCUUGUGAUUCUAGUUGUAUAUAUUUUUCAAUAUUUUUCCCAUACUGAAUAAUCCUAUAAAGCAAAACUCCUAAAGGUGCAUUGAAAAAUCACAUUUUUAUUUUGUAACAAGGAGGAGAAAAUAUUGAAGUUGAUAUAAUGGGAGAUUUGGAGAAACAAGAAAGGAAUGUAGAAGAGAAAGAAGAAGAGAAGGAGAAAUUGCUAGAGGGUGUGGCAGUUUUGGACUUUGAUGUAUUGUGUUCUUCUGUGGCUUUGAAAGCUUCUCAAGGAAAAUGGGGACAACUAGGAACCAUGGAAGAUGAUGAAGAAGAAGAAAGUGGGGUUUUUGGUGGGGUUUUGAGAAUGUGGGAAGGUGAACUUUUCGAUUGUUUUGAUCAUCGUCGAAUUGCUCUCGAAUCCACCUUUUGUCCUUGCUACCGAUUUGGGAAGAACAUGAAAAGAGCUGGUUUUGGUUCUUGCUACAUUCAGGCAGCAAUUUAUUUAAUUCUUGCAAUUGGUGCAUUUGUUAAUUUCAUUGCCUUUGCUGUCACAAGACGUCACUGUUUUCUCUACCUAGCUGUUUCCUUAAUUAUUUUUGUUGGAGCAUAUUUAGGAUUCUUCAGAACACUUAUAAGAAAUAAAUUCAACAUCAAGGGUAGUGAGAGUUCAUUGGAUGAUUGUGUUUACCAUUUUGCUUGUCCAUGUUGUACAUUAUGCCAGGAAUCUAGAACAUUAGAAAUGAACAAUGUUCAAGAUGGUACAUGGCAUGGUAGAGGUGACACAAAAUGCAUAAGUAGUUUUGGUGAAAAAAGUAUAUCAAAAUUUGAGUUACAUCCUCCUCCUAUUGUCUCCAUCAAGUGUGGUCUAUAAAUUGAUCACCAUCAAAUAAUUUCACUGAGUUAAUUACCAUCAAAUUUCUUACUUGUAAAGAAUAAAAUUAGAUAGAUUUUAAUUAUUUGCUCAUGUACAUAAUUUUCUGUCAUUGUCAAUAAAUGGGGGUCCAGUUUU